CAUCCCGGGAGAGAGGGGGUCGGCAAUCGAACCUGUGUUUACUUCCGGAUUUCCUGUAUAUGGCAGAGCUUGAAAACAGCCACUCCAGUUGCCCUACAAGCUCAGCGCGAGCCCCGUGUCCCGAUCCGAGACCGUCUCCGGUGAAGCACGAUGCUUUGGUGACCGGAGAGCCGCCCUACACCGGCACAGCAGCAGAGAGAUUAGCGCAGCUUUACACGACCAUUCAAGGCAGAAAGUAUCCUUCUGCCACCCUUCGCCAAACGUCAAAGUCAAUGCGGUCCUUGAUCAGAGCGCUGGAGCUCAUCCACCUCUCAUGCGCGUGUCAUUAACGCACUUUCGGUCGGAAAACACCAGUGCUGGAGAUUAAAACCCGCCGAGAGCAGAUCCAGACUGUUAGCUCGGGCUACCCGGAUAAAAGAGGGGGACGGCAGCUCUAGCUGGAUUUAUCCCUUUCAGUCAUUAUGGAGUGGUUAAUGGGGAAGGGCAAAGGGAAGCCCAACGGAAAGAAGCCGCCCACCGAGGAGAAGAAGCAUUACCUGGACGCAGAAUACACCAAAGUAAGAGUCGUGGAUUUUGAACUCAAGGAGCUGGUGGUGUUGCCGAGGGAGAUCGACCUGAACGAAUGGCUCGCUAGCAACACCACGACGUUCUUCAAUCUCAUCAACCUCCAGUACAGCACGAUCUCUGAGUUCUGCACGGGAGACACGUGUCCGGCCAUGACCGCCUGCAAUACGACAUACUACUGGUAUGAUGAAAAAGGGAAGAAGACAAAAUGCACAGCGCCGCAGUACGUGGACUUCGUCAUGAGUUCUGUUCAGAAGCUGGUGACGGAUGAGGACAUCUUUCCCACUAAAUAUGGUAAAGAGUUCCCCAAUACCUUCGAUACACUGGUGAAGAAAAUCUGCAGGUAUCUCUUCCACGUUCUGGCCCACAUCUACUGGUCCCACUACAAGGAGACGGUGGCCAUGGACCUGCACGGACACCUAAACACACUGUACACGCAUUUCAUAGUCUUUAUAAGGGAAUUCAAUCUGAUGGACCCCAAGGAGACGUCCAUAAUGGACGACCUGACGGAGGCCCUCUGCACGCCUCUGCCCCCUCAGCCACAGAACCACGUGACCGAGAGAUGAGGCCGGCGCCCGCACUCUCGCCGCACCUGCCAAGCCAGGGUUCAGAAGGUCUACAGCGCUCACAAAGCCGCUGGGACUCACAGACCUUCACCCUUCCAGAACAUUGUUCUCUUUAGGACCCAGUAAGGAGCGCUCAGCCGGGCCGAAUGACCUCAGAGGUGGCCCGUCUAACCCUUUAACCAAGAACAACCUGAUGCUUCUUUCGUUUCCUUCCCGUUUUUCGCUUCCUUUCGCAUCUUCCCUCGCCCCUUAGAUGCAUAUAAGCAGCACUUUUCCCCUCUCUUGGUUUAAUAAGGGUGUUGGCCUGGUCCUCGUGUACGGUAUAAAGGUUUCUUUCUCGUUUUUUAUAGGGUAAAAGGGGAGUGUGUGUGUGUGCGCGUGUGUGUGUGUGUGUGUGUGUGUUCAAGGCUUUUGCACUCAGGAACUGAGAGAGCUGUCAAUGCUACCUGCUCAACCAUAAGCCUCUCGGUGUCACUUUACUCAUCAUAUAGCAGUCCCAUCAUCCCAAACGGUCCUCUACUUAAACGGGAUAGACUUCUGUUGCAUAUUAGCAUGUUAACCACUGUAGAGGAGACCCUCUGAAUGAAUUCGACGGGCACGUUUGGCUCCAGGGCCUGGGUUCACGUGUUCUCUCUCGAGUGACAAAGACAUUCGUGUUGUCUGCUGUUGAAUCCAAACGCCUGCUAUUCAGGCUCUGGAAACGUCCCGACGUUUGGAGCGUCUCGGGUGCAGUGGGACGCAGGGAGGCUUGUAAUCAUGUCUAGCCUCAUUCUGAAAAGACGAUUUGUGAAUGGAAAAGAAUGUACACUUAGUGUCUACGUAUUGAUCGCAAAGAUUAUUAUUAUCUUAGAGUGACUGAGCGAGCGAGAAAAAGAGCGGCAGAUGUUUUAGUUCUCCCUUUGUCGCUGUUAAGAGAGUUGUGUUUCGAUGACCUCUUUGUGAGAAGAUCGGACCUUUUUUUUUCUUUUUAUUUAAUUUAUUUCUUUAUUUUCCGUUUCUUUUCGUUUUGGUUUUAGUUGACAUUUUUCAGGGCUCCUCAGUUCUGGCUUUUGUUUUAUGUAUUUUAAUAAUACUUUAAGUUAAAAGCGAUUUAAUAUUUUAAGCUCUGCAAAUUAUAACCUAAUAAAAUAUUUAAAAGUCACAAA